UGGGGCGGGGCUCUCGCGAGGCCUAAAACGGCGCGUGGAGUGGGGCUGUGAUUGGCUGUCCCGACGCGCGGGCUUGGGGUAACUCCUGAGCUAGAGCUGGGACUGGGGCUUCGCUUGAAUGAAAAUGACUACACCUAAUGUCACAGCAAGAGUGGAAACCUGGCUUUCAUCCACGUGGCACGUUAAAGUUCCUUCGAUAUGGCUGGAAGCAUGUAUUAAUUGGAUUCAGGAAGAAAAUGGUGGUAGUAGCUUAAGUCAAGCUCAAAUUAACAGGCAGGUGUUUGAGCAAUGGCUGUUUACCGAUCUAAGAGAUCUGGAAUAUCCAGUUUUGCCAGAUGGCAUCUUAGAUGCCCCCAAAGGAGAGCUGUCUGGCUUUUACUCCCUGCAGAUCGAUUCAUUGCUUGAUGUUAGCCAACCAGCAUAUUCCCAGUUGCAGAAGGUAAGAGGGAAAAGUACUGCAAAUGAAGAGGUAACAGCCAAUACUCAGGCAUUCCAGAAGCCCUGGGAAGCAAAGCCUACCCGAAUGCUGAUGCUGCAGCUAACUGAUGGGAUACAUCAAAUCCAAGGCAUGGAGUAUCAGCCAGUGCCUGCCCUCCAUAGCAACCUUCCACCUGGAACAAAAAUCACCGUGCAUGGUAAUGUUGCAUAUCGUCUUGGGGUCCUUUUGCUUAAACCAGAAAAUGUAAAACUGUUGGGUGGUGAGGUAGCUGCUCUUCUGGAGGAGUAUUCUCAGGAAAGGGUCCUUGCUAGAUUACUUGGAGAAGCUGAGAACCCUGAUUCUACUGGACAACCUGGUCAUGAACAAAUUGUUCCAAGUCGUGUGGAUGAAUUAGGACAAACUCUAGGCCCUUCGGAUGAAGAGCUCUUGGCCAGUCUUGAUGAAAAUAAUGACUUUAUUUUAAACAAUGAAACAUCUUUAGAAAGCGGAUACUGCAGUAGGACUAACAAUUUUAAUACAGCCUCAGGUUCACUCACUACAUACAAUGAAAAUACUUUGCAACAGGAAUCAAUAAAUCUUUUGCCUCGUUCAGAUGAACAAACUCCGCCUCCUGUGGAGUAUGAUGAUGCCUUUUUAAAUGACUUUCCUUUGGAAGAUGCCAUUCUUCUGGAAGAAGAGAUCCAAAGAGAGCUGGAAGAAGUGCCAUCAGUUGCAAGGAAUGGAAAUGUAAAUUUAACUACUGAGAGAAUUCCACAUACAUACCAAAGCUCCUGUCGUUCGUCUUUAAAUGAAACUUCUGAAAAAGAUGAUGGAUAUGAGAGAGAAAAGCCUGUAGACGUUAUCAGUGAGCAAAAGAAUCUGGGAAGAACGGUAUCUACUGAAGAUGGAACUGAUAAUAGUGGCUUUUUACAGUGUAACAGUGUACCUCAGGCCUGCAGCUCGGCAAUUGUUCUUUUGGAAAGUCCUCAUGAAGAAAGACAGAAUGAUUUAGGCCUGCAUGAGAGCAGCUGUCAAUCCCGUCAUGCUCCUUACAACAGGCAGUUGAACAAGGAUCCUGUAUCUUUCUCAAAAACUGAUCCAGAAGCAGAUCAGCGGGCCAGUCUUUGCAGACCAGAAAAUACAUGUGAUCUUGAUUUAGAUUGUCCACCUUUCACAUACAUUUCCCUUCUCCUUGCAAAAAAGCCAGAAACUGUUACAGUUGUGAAAGUGAAGUGUUUUAUUGUAACUCUUACUGGAAACCUCUCAAGCAGUAAUGGGUCCUGGUGUAUAAAAGCUAAAGUUUCUGAUGGUUCCGCUUACCUUGAAGUAGAUUUUGCUGAUGAUAUUCUUACAAGUUUGAUAGGGUUUUCAGUGCCUGAAAUGCAUAUGUUGAGAAAAGAUCCAGCUUUGCAACCAAAGUUUAAGGGUGGUUUAGAAAGAUGUCAGAAACAAUUGAUAGAUCUCUGUUGUUUGAUGACUAUAGAGUUCAAUCCAUUUCAGUCUAAAGCCACUGUCUUAAUUCUACAGGAUACUGAUGCAAGACAUCUAGAACAACUGAAGAAACGUUUAAACAAAUAACAUGUGCAAAGCUGCUGAUCUAAUGGAAACAUUUAAGUUAAUAUUUCCUCCAAGAAGCUGUUGAAAGUUUAACAUUUUGAAGUUAAGUGGUAUGCCUUUUCUUUCAGGGAAAGUAGUGGAAAAAUGAGAGGAGGGGAUGGAUUGGUGGGAAGGAAUUUAGCAAUGUGCUUUUCAGGUGACAGCAUUGAAAUAAAUUUUCAAAUAGUUCUGUCUUGAUUUAAAACAUUCAGAUAUCAUUCUAAUUCAGCAAAGUCUUCUGUAUUCUUGACUGGUAUUCUGUAGGAGCAAAUUUUUGUCAGGAAAUGAGUAAUAAAGAACAAACCUGCUGGUUCUUACUCUUUCUCAAGGAUGAAUUCUUAUGUGAUAUUUAAAGGUAGUUGUGGAGGAAAGUGGUUGAGUAAAUUGAGAUAGAAUUAUUGUUUAGGUGUGAAUACUUCUGAAUAUGCUAGCUUGAAAACUUGAGUGCAUAGUGUUUGUGCGAGAGCCUGAAGUAUAGAGAAGUGGAAGAUUUUGUUCUGAAUGUUCAGGUGUAGAAAAACCCAAAAACCUACAUAUAAAUAAAUGGGAUUUUACAAAACUGUACUUGAAAUAUUUGGCAAUUUAAAAAUUAUAUUUUAUUAGCAGAAAAAGAAUUAUUUCAACCAAUAAAGAAUCUGUGUUUUGGCAUAUUCAUAAUUGCUAAUAAUUUUGAGCCCAGGCAAACUUAUUCAUUAGCUCUUACAUUGUUUACUAGUCUGAUCUUUCCAUAGAGUUGUCAAAUACUUGUGCUACAAAUCUCCUGUAUACUUAAUAUUGGCCUUAAUUUUGGUUAAACAUUAGUAAACAUUAAACUUUUUGUUGAAGACUGUUCUGUCACUGUUAGAGAAAAAUAUAAGUCUUUUUGAGUGUAUAGAGAAUGAGAAAUAUUUUUGUUUGUUUUUGUUCUUCCCUUCUCUUCUUCCCACCCUUUAGCCUUCAUUUUAUUCUUUGAGAUGAGUAGAAUUCUGAAUUCUUCCAGGAGUAGGGUGAAGACAGUGAAAGUCUGUGCAGUGUUGAGAGUGCUUGUGGAGAAUGUAAAAUCAGUAGUGAGGAGAGGGAUUUUUCAUUUGAAUUGCCAUUAUCUAACUUUUUCAUAGCCUUUUCUGUUUCUAAACCAUGGUUGCUAGAACUUUGGAAGUUGCUGUGAGACUGUCAGUAUUGUUUCCCUGCUUUGCCCCCAGUUGAGAGGUUUUCUUUGAUAAUCCAAGGGACUUAAGGAAAAGUAGAGAUAAUUUGCUAAAUAAGAUAAAUUGGCUGCAGGUGGAGAAAGGGAAAACUUUGUGAGGCAUGGGCCUUUUUAUACUUCGUUUCCAACAGCUUAGAACUUCAGAAAUUAGAAAUUUAGAAUUAAUUAGAACAGCUUAGAGUUCCCGUGUUGCUUUGCUUCCUCACAUUCCCUUUCUCUCUCCACUCUGAAGAGAAUCUGAGCAAACCAUAGCUCUGUUAGUUGCCUGUUUCUAACCUUAUGGUCUGAUGGGAGAGUUGUGCAUCAUUUAGAAUUGUAAUAACUGUAACUAACAGCAACAUAUCAAACAAGCAGUGAAAUAACUGGUUGGGUGUACUAGUAGUUGGCUCAUGCACAAUUAACUUUACUGAUGAUCCGAACCAACGCUGCUAUUUCUGAUCAAAAUGCUUAUGUGCUGUGAGUACAUGUGAUGUAUGUAUAUUGCCUUUGCAUGCCAAGAACUGAUACAUGUCUGUCUUUCAGAUAAUCAGAAUUCUUACAGAUCAAAUAAGCAAACAGGCUGCAACCUCCCUUGUCUGUGUUAGUGAUCAAGUGGAGAGGUGAAAAUGCACUUUGCUUGGAGGUUGUUCAGAAUUCUUUUACAAGCUGAUGAAGAUGACAGUCAAUAUAACUCAAGAGCUGUGUGUAAUAUUCCAUCAGAAAGCAGUUGAUGCCCUUUCUGUCUUCUCCUUCACUCUUCCUUAACUGUGCCCUACUUUCUUAAAGGGUAUUCACUCUCACAGUAGAAUAAAGCUGUAGCUUGACCAAAGAAUGUGGCAGGUUUCCAAAUAGACAAGGCUACAAAAACAGCUUGGGGACUAGCCUAAUCCUUUGGAUACAAGUUUUUCCACAAUGAUGCAUGUCCUUGUAACCUGACAACAUGGUCUUGUUGAAUGAAGGCAGCCUCCUAAAGAAGAAAGCAACAGCAAGUUGUGGUAAUAUUGUGUUUAAGUGCCAGUUAGUAAUGGUAAAGUACUUCCACAAGGAUGCUCUGGACUGAUUCCAUCUAAGAGCGUUUCAGUGACUUCAUGCUGAAAGAAUGAUAUUUCAGGUCAUAUCAGUAGGAGUUCUCAUAAAAGUUGAGUGGGGAAUCAUAACAUUUGGUACUAAGCAUAUUUCUUUGUAUCUUGCUAUAGUAAUGUCAAGUAUUUCUGUUUAGAAUAAAAACCCAGUAACUUCAGAUCUUACUUUGUAGGUAGAAAAGAGUGAAUUUCAGUACAGUGUUUCUGAGUUAUAAUAGUGGCUAGCAAAUGUUAAUGUAUUUACCUGGGAGAAAAGGCAAAAAGGACCUUAAAAUGUAAACAGCACUUCUGAUUUCAGAUCUAAUUCUCUGCAUUAUAGUCCCUGAAGUAAUGGAACAGGAGAACAGCAACAAUGACAGAAAUGGGAGGUAAGGGCAGCCUGACACUGCAAUUUUGUUAAGCUCCAUAGAAGAGGCAUACAUUUCCUACAAAUCAACUUCUGCUAUACGUGUACCAGGCUUCUAUAUUGGUAUGUCCCUAUUAAAUCCUUUUUCUUAAGG